UGGGACUGCCACUCACGAAAAGCGUGCUGAGCAGCCCUCGGAGACAGGUAGAGGAGGGGGCGGAGUUAGCGGCCAGUGAUGGGAGUGUAAUGAGCGGGCUGCACUCAGGUGUAAACUGAAAUUAAUGGACACGUGACAGUCUUAACAGAAAUCAUUAUUAACUGGUAAAGAUCUUUUACACUCCAUCAUGGACGAAACAGAGCUACGGAGGAUGUCAGUGGGCCACGGUUUCAGUGUCCUGGCUGUGGUUUUGUCUCUAUGCAUUCCACCCCUGUUCCUAGACGACUUUUCUCUUUUAGGAACGCAUGUGACGUGGCUUUGUGUCUGCUCUGCUUUUGUCAUUGCUGUCAACAUAAUCCUACUUCUGACAUUAAAGCCAAACCCUUCGUAUAAAAGAACUUCAUUUGGAAGUAAAGUAAAUAAAUUUUCAAAAUCCUGCAUAUACUUUUUCAUUUCAUGUUUGGUGUUUCAUGCAGUCCUAUUUUUGUAUGGUGCCCCUCUUUUAGAGUCAGUGCCAGAGACCUUUAUGUUUUCUGUUCUCCUGUCUUCUUUCAUAACGUCACGUUGUCUUUUUAUACUUGGUCCAAACUUUCAUGCAUGGGUUCGUGUCUUCAGUAGAGAUGGGGCAAUGUGUGUCUGGGAUCACAGUCUGCAAAUCACAACCCUAGGUAGUGUGUUGGGCGCCUGGUUUGGAGCAUUCCCUAUACCGUUGGACUGGGAGAGACCAUGGCAGGUUUGGCCAAUUUCCUGUUCUCUUGGAGCUACGAUGGGGUACGUAGCUGGCCUCCUUUUUGGCCCUUUGUGGAUUUAUUGGAACAGGAAGAGACUCACAUACAAAAACAGGUAGAAGUUAAAUCGACUGUUUGUGCCAAUUCCACCAGAAACAUGAAUGCGUCCCAAGUCGGAGCAUUGACAUCACAUUGGAGAGAUCAAGUUCGGACGGAUUGUUGUCUGUGUGCCGCAGCCCCAUGAGACAUGGGACAGUUGUAGCUUGUAAAACCCUGAGGAAACUAUUUUUACUUUCAAAGACAACGUGGAUCAAAUAUUAUUUUCUUUGAAAUGCUUUCACUUUGGAAAUUGUGGUGUUUAAAAAGCAGAUCAAUAAAAUAUUUAUGCAGCU